AUGACAGAGGUAAAGACAGUCGUGCUCAUCUUCAUCUGUUUUUCACUGCUUCACGGUUUUGUUGCAGCGUUGAACUGCACGAGCCCAACUCCUGAAUCCUUGUUAGAUGCACUUGAGAAGGAACUAUUUCCUAAAAAACUACUGCGACCUUUAAAAAGCUUUUCAGAUACAUUGAACAUAUCCAUCGCAAUGACUGUGGUGGGAAUUUUGGGAGUGGAUGAAAAAGCCCAAUCCUUGACAACAUUGAUAUGGCAAGUCCUGGAGUGGGAUAUAGAGGGACUGAGUUGGGAUGAGGAGCAAUGUGGAACUACAAGAGUCUCCGUCCCUCGAGAAAAUCUUUGGGUCCCAGACAUCAUUGUCUCAGAGUUGAUGGUGGAGGACAAAUCUCCCAAAACUCCCUAUGUCUACUUAUACAAUACAGGCCGUGUAUUUGAUGAUAAGUCGAUCAGAGUGCUCAGCUCCUGCCGAUUAGUAAUCUACACGUUCCCCUUCGAUGUUCAAAACUGCUCGCUGACCUUUGGAUCAUACUUACACUUUGCUGGAGACAUAAGAAUGAUUCCAAGCAUGACAGCUGAAGAGAUCCUGGAGGAGUCCAGAAGUGUGAUAGAGACCAUUGGGGAGUGGGAGCUUGUAGAUAUCAGAGUAUCUCCACAUUCCCUGGUGAUAAUCGAUGGAAGCUACUCUGAGAUCAAAUAUAAUAUCAUUCUGAGACGUAGGUCAACCCUCUACGUGGUGAACCUGCUGAUCCCCAGCUGCUUCCUCAUCACAUUGGACCUCUUCAGCUUCCUGCUGCCUCCCCAUAGUGUGGACAGAUCCUCCUUCAAGAUGACCCUCAUCCUGGGCUACACCGUCUUCCUGUUCAACGUGAACGACCUUCUGCCUGUCACUGGGGAGUCAAUACCUCUCAUCAACGCUUUCUUCUCCAUCACUCUCGCUCUGAUGGUGGCCAGCCUGUUGGAGACGGUGUUGAUCACUAACGUCCAGUUCAGCUCCAGCCAGUACAGUGCGGUGCCUCACUGGCUCAGUGUCCUCGUGUUGAGAUAUCUAGCUUUUGUCACUUGUCUCCCUUCAAAAAAGAAGAGCAACCGCGUCACAGUCUCCCUUCACCCACCUGCUAGAGCAAUAAAUUCCAGCAUCAUCUCUUCAAGAGAUCUUCAGAGUAUGUCCAUUGAUACACCUCCAGUAAAAACCCCUCCGGAGCCGGCCCUGGUUGAACUGAGGAUGCUGAGCCGAGAUCUAAUGGCCAUCCGCCUCCAGGUGGACAAACACUUCCAGGGGAGCAAGACCUCGCAGGAAUGGCAAAUGAUCGGGAUAGUCAUGGACCGUCUGCUGUUCGGCUUAUACAUGGUGUUCAUCUCUGUCAGCUUCAUCAUCAUCAUAUGUAUCUGGAUCAUUGAUUGA